AGAUGCCAGAUUUCAGCUAUCACACAUAACAGUAAUGAAUAAACCAGACAGAGAUAUUGCCACUGGAACUGGACAGAAAUAAAUUGUAAGGAAGGAGCUACUAACUGUCUGAAUCACUUCUGUCACAGAAAAUUUCACACUUAGGGCGACAUUUAUUAUGCUGCGAAAAUAUUACCGUACAUAAAUACGCACACGCACGCCUCAUUCCGAUGUAAUCCGUUUAUGGCGAUGAAAUAAUUUAGUCGCUUAUUUAUGAAGGUAUGUUUACGAUACUUGCGAAUGCGUAUCGUAUCGUAUUUUUCCGACGAUUGGUUAGCGCACUGAAUCGUAAUUUGAUGCGGAUAUUAUUAUGUGUAAAUCAGCGAAUAACGUGUGACGUGUUAUGUUACUGCGCAUGAGCAUUACCUCCGUUUUCGUAGCAUUCACUGGUGCUAAUGCGCAUGCUCUGGCAUUUACGUCACGUUUUGUUAUAAGGCAUGGUUGAAAUUUUGCGUAUCUUCGCAAAACACACAUUUCUCAUUGUGAAGGAAUUGUAAUGGCGGCUGAUGAUAACUCUGAAAGUGGUGGUCAUACAACAAAGGCCGGAAGAAAUAUCAAAUUCACCUUCGAUGAGAACUGCGCUUUGGUAGACAAGGUUGUUCAGUAUUAUGAUCACAUUUAUGGGCAUUUAGCUCCAAAAACUUCUCAGGCACGUAAAAGAGCUCUUUGGCUGAGAAUAUGUGAAGCAGUUAAUGCAGUGGGUGCUCAUCCACGAACAAUUGACAAUUGCAAGAAAAGAGUCAGCGACAUCAAAAGGUUGUUGAAGAAAAAGUUAGCUGAAGAAAAGAAGUAUGCACGUGGUACUGGAGGUGGUGCUCCACAUGAAAUACAUUAUUUGGAAUAUGAAGAAGAUUUUAAAAAGGUGAUGGGACCAGAUAUAGUAGAUGGCAUCGAUGGGCACAUUGACACUGAUGAUUCUGCAGUUUCAUCAAGGUCUGUUGUGACUGGAAACCAUGAAAAUCCUACUCAGAUGUUAAAUUCCACUCAAGGUACAUGUUCAUCAGCAACCACUGGAGGACCUAGUGACAUAGAUGAUACCGAUCUUUCAAACCAACAUGAUGCUUCAGAGGACAACAUACUAUAUUCUAGUGAUUUCCCUGGUAAGUCAACAGAAGCCAUGGAAAAUGAACCUGGUACAAGUCAAAAAACAGCAAGUUCCCAGGGUGAAACUUCAACAAAUGAAGCUGAAAAAAGCCAAACAUCAGAUACAAUUGAUUCAACAACUUCUACAAAUGCAAUGCCUUCAUCUAAAAAAAGAAACAAAAAGAAAAAACAUACAUGUGAUUGUGACAUUCACCUAACUGAAGUGAAAGAGAUAAUACAGAAAGUGGACAACAAAGUGGACUUUCUGCUUCAAAAAAUGGAACCCUUACUCAAGGUUUCUUUUGUAAUCCAGCAAGAUGCAGAGCAACAGUCACAAGUUUAGAAAAAUAUUUUAUUGUAGUCAUUACAUUUAGAUUUAUGGUGUUUUUUUUAGAUAAAGGAAUAGUGACACAUUCCAUAUUUUAACACAUUCCAUAUUUUAACUACAACAUGCCAACUUGGAAUAUAAACAGUGAAUUUUUUUUACAAAUUUUUUUCAAUUAUACACACAUCCCCGCAAUACUUUGUUUUACUAACUCACAUCAGUCAGUAACUUCAUGAGUGACAUCAUACUUGAGGGGGUGUCAACUUGUCAAAAAUGUAGGAAUCUGCAUUCAGCCUAAUUGCACUUUUUAUAAUGAAAGCUUUAAUCCACUCAGAAGGAUUUAACGAUCAUCCUGGAAUAUCAGCCUUUCAUUGAGAAAGAGGAGAGCAAUCAAACUUGUCUGUUUAGUGAUUAAUAUUUAUUCAUUCUGCUAAACACAGUGUUUAGCAGAAUGAAUAAACAUUUAUCAAAGCAGUUAAUCUGUGUUUGAGUGCUCUUCUCUUUCUCAUUGAAAGGGGGUGUCAAACUUCAGAGAGGUUGGAGGACAAUGUGGAGUGUGUCACUAUUCCUCUUGGGCAUUACCCUUUCUUUAUUUUCAUUGAUAAGAUAAUGCAAAAAUUGCAGAUAAUGCCAAACAUUUUUUCUAUUGUUUAAUUAUGUUAUCCUAUAUGUGACUGUGUUAAUAAUAACUGUAACACAACAGACCAUUGUGUUGCAUAGUUAAUUAAGGAGACAAUACAUAUUCUAAAAUUGAUAGAAACACAUAAGUAAAUUAUGUGUAUCUACAUAUUACAUUAGUAAUUAUGUUUUGAACAUAUGCUAUUGGGUAUUACCCUUCCUUUAUUUUCAUUGAGAAGAUAAUGCAAAAAUUGCAAAUAAUGCCAAAAAAGUUUUCCUGUGUUUAAUUAUGUUAAUCUACAGAUAAUUCUUUAAUAGUAACUAAAUUCUCAAAUGUGACUGUGAGAAUAAUAAGAGCAACUGUAACACAACAGACCAUUGUGUUGCCUAGUUAAUAAUUCAAAGUUGAUAUACAGGCAUAAGUAAACUUUACACAAUAAAAAUAAGUCUCUGGUGUA